AUGCAAAGUAUACCUCUGGAUUGCAUAGUACCAUUCUUUGGGGACCAGCCAUUUUGUGGGGAGAGGGUGCAUGCUAGAGGAGUAGGUCCUGCACCCAUUCCAGCUGAUGAAUUCUCGCUUGAAAAGUUGGUCGAUGCCAUACGCUUCAUGUUAGAUCCAAAGGUUAAAGAACGUGCUGUUGAAAUUGCCAAGGCCAUGGAUGGCGAAGAUGGGGUGACAGGAGCAGUGAAUACCUUUCAUAGGCAUUUUCCUCACAAUAAAUAUGAAGAUAAUAAUGUGAAGUAA